AUGGCGAAGGAGGUUGCGCAGGAGCAACCGAGACCCACGGCGCCACGCACGGUUCGCUGUAUUGUCAAGCUAGGUGGAGCGGCGAUUACCAACAAGGGCGAGCUGGAGAGCAUCAACGAGGAGAACCUACGGUUGGCAUGUGCGCAGCUGCGGCAUGCCAUGUCCGAAGCUAACGGCGAUGGCGCUAUGGAGAAGGUUCUGAGAAUGGACUGGAGUAGGAAGCCCGGAGAUCCGUCCGACCCGGCCGUGGACACGGAGUGGAUUGCGGGGAUGACUGGGCUGGGUCUCGAUACUAACUUCAUCGUCGUGCACGGCGCCGGGUCUUUUGGCCACUUUCAAGCAAGUAGAUCUGGAGUUCAUAAAGGAGGGUUACAUUCUACACUGGUUAAGGCUGGCUUUGUCGCUACAAGAAUUUCAGUGACAUCUCUCAAUCAGGAAAUUGUUAGAGCCCUGGCAAGAGAAGGAAUACCAUCUGUUGGGAUGUCAUCAUUUGCUUGUGGGUGGUCUACCCAUCAAAGAAAACUUGCAUCAACAAAUGCUUCUCAAAUAAUUCAGCCAUUCCAUGCAGGCUUUGUUCUAGUUUUGCAUGGUGAUGCAGUUCUUGAUGAAUUACUGGACUGUACCAUACUGAGUGGAGAUGUCAUCAUAACAAAUCUUGCACAGCUUUUAAGUCCAAAAUAUGUUGUAUUCUGGUAUUAUGUCCAUGGAGUAUAUGAUCGCCCUCCAACUGACUCAAAUGCAGUACUCCUGAGAGGAAUAGAUGCCGUAGGCUUCCCGCACUGUGCGGGAUCUGGGGAAGGGUAUCUUUAA